UCCGUAGCUGUCCUGCUUGUUGGUUGGCUGCUGUCAUGUAAUAUAAAAGUGCUGUGCUUGGGGGACGUUCUCUUUUACCUCCCGGAGUCCUUGUGCGAGGAUCAUCGUCUUUAAACCCGUUUUGUGGCAAUCCUUGGAAGCACUGACAAGAUGCCCAGGGAAGACAGGGCUUCGUGGAAGUCCAACUAUUUCCUGAAAAUCAUUCAAUUGUUGGAUGAUUACCCAAAAUGCUUUAUCGUGGGGGCGGACAAUGUUGGUUCAAAGCAAAUGCAACAGAUCCGUAUGUCCCUGCGAGGGAAAGCCGUUGUGCUGAUGGGGAAGAACACAAUGAUGCGCAAAGCUAUCCGUGGACACUUGGAGAAUAACUCUGCUCUGGAGAAGCUUUUGCCUCACAUCAAAGGAAACGUGGGUUUUGUUUUUACUAAGGAGGAUCUCACGGAAGUUCGAGACAUGUUGUUAGCCAACAAGGUGCCCGCCUCUGCUCGUGCUGGUGCCAUUGCACCUUGCGAUGUCACUGUGCCAGCUCAGAAUACGGGUUUGGGCCCUGAGAAGACAUCCUUCUUCCAGGCUUUAGGAAUCACUACAAAAAUCUCCAGAGGAACUAUUGAAAUUUUGAGCGAUGUACAAUUGAUUAAGACUGGAGAUAAAGUAGGUGCCAGUGAAGCCACCCUCCUGAACAUGCUGAACAUCUCUCCCUUCUCCUUUGGUUUGAUCAUCCAACAAGUCUAUGAUAAUGGCAGUAUUUAUAGUCCAGAAGUUUUGGAUAUCACAGAAGAUGCUCUACGAACUCGCUUUUUGGAGGGUGUUCGCAAUGUGGCCAGCGUUUGUCUACAGAUUGGUUAUCCCACAGUUGCUUCUGUACCCCACUCAAUCAUCAAUGGGUACAAGCGUGUUCUAGCUCUUGCCGUAGAAACAGACUACAGCUUCCCAUUGGCAGACAAGGUCAAGGCUUUCCUGGCAGAUCCAACGGCCUUUGUUGUUGCAGCUCCGGUUGUGGAAGUUGCUGCGGCUCCCGCUGCUGCACCCAAGAAAGAGGAAAAGCCAGAGGAGUCUGAGGAAUCGGAUGACGAUAUGGGAUUUGGUCUUUUUGACUAAGCCUGUUAAUGGUCUAAUUCUUCAAAUAAAUUUGUUCACCUUUGGACCCCUGCUUUUGUUUUGUAUGAAUAAAUGCAGCUCAAAUUGA